CAGAUUAAUAACAAACAAAAUGGCUGCUUCGCCUUCUCUGUCAGAAGGAGAGUUCCAUCGUAUGCAGCUACAACUUAUUGAAUUAAGGACCACUAACUAUGAAACAGAAGCUAAAAAUAAACGUCUUGAGCGUGAAUUAUCUGAAGCCAAUGACAAAAUUGAACAGUUGAAUAAAGAGCUUGGAAAAGCUAAACAGGCUAUUAGUAAAAGCAAAAAGGCCAAGGAUGUGGAAGUCCUCAUUCAAGAAUCAGACUCCCUGCAGAGGAAACUGCUCAGCCAAGAGGAGGAAUUCAGGCUUCAGAACCAGACUCUUAUGGCAGAGCUGAGCCUGUUAGUUUCCAGCAAUGAAGAGCUCAAAAAAGAACUGGAAUGCUUGAAGUCAAGCUCUGCAGCAACAGCCAGUGAGACAGAGUCUUCAAACAAUGAUGAGAUGUGCCGGUUGCAAGCAGAAAAUUUGGCACUACAGAAAAACUUGAAUGCUCUGCAGGAGAGGUUUGAUAAAGAGGUUUUAAUCAAAGCUGAAACCCAAGGGGAAGCACCCUCUGAAAAUGUGCCUUCCCCAGACAGAGAUUACACAGGGGAUGAAGGCUGCACAGAAGAAGUAGAUGGAGUCAAACGACCAGCUUCAUCUUCCCCACCCCCUGAUUAUGGAGAGCUUAUCAACAAACUACGUCUAGAGUUGGACACAGAGCUAGAGGAGAAAAAAUUGAUCAAAUCACAACUGGAACAAAAAAAGAAAGAAAGCCAGGAACAGUUAUCAGCUCUUCAGGAAGAAAUUGAAAAGGCAAAUGAGAAACUGAAGCGUAAACAGGAAAGCUACCUUCAACUUCAUGCAGAGAAAGAACAGUUGUUCAAAGAAAUUAGUGCAAAACUUGAAGAGACGCAGGCUGCCAGGGACAGGGAUCAGAAGUAUUACAAAGACCUGAUGGCCAAACAGGCAGCUGAAAUUGAGAAAGCCAGGAAGGAAAUAGAACAACACCAAGCACAUAAAGACAAGCAGGCAGAGGAGCUAAGGCAACAAAUAGCACAGCUGCAGAAGCAGGUUGACACAUCUGGCAUGGUUGCGACCCACCAGCUGCAGGAACAGAGUGGCAAGUAUCUGGCAGAGAUCACUGUACUCAGGGACCUACUGGCCAGGACAACUAAAGAGCGUGAUGAUGUGUACGCUCAGCUACAGGAGAGUCGCAGGGUAGCUGAGGACUCAGUGAGCCAGAUGCAGGCAGCUUUAGCAGAGAGAGACACACAGAUAACAUCUAUGCAAGAGAUCAGUAAGGUGGCAGAGAAAAGGAAAUCUUUGCUGGAUGAGCUGUCAAUCAAGUACCAGGAGGAGUAUGAUGCUCACAGGGACAACCUGGCAAAGAUGGAGGCCAAACAUCUUGAGGUGGUGGAUGGCUUGAAAGCUGAGAUGGCAGAUAAAUCUAGAAAGAUGAAUGAAUUAAGCCGUCAAGUUGCUGUGGUUGAGGAGCUCAAUAAAAAAGUUCAUGCUCUGGAGGACACCAAAGGCUGGCUGGAGAGGAGACUAACUGAGACGGAGGAGCAGCUAGCAUCCGCUGUCACAUCAUUUGAGGAGGAGAGGGAGUCCAUGAAGAAAGAGAAGCUGUCUGAGAUUGAGGCUCUCAACCUCAGGCACCAGGAGGAGAUGGGCAGGCUGCAGGAGGAGAGUGGGCGGUGCCUGGCAGAGUGGGCACUGAAGGAGGCAUCACUGAACCAGGAGCUGGAGCAGAUCAACGCCACCAUCAGCCAGCUCAAACAGCAAAUAAAGGACAAAGAAGAUGACAAGAAAUUGCAUGAGAAAAAGGGAAUGAUUGUGUUGAAAGAUUUGAAGAGACAGCUUCACGCAGAGAGAAAACGAGCAGAGAAGCUUCAACUUAAGCUGCAAGAAGUUUUGUCGGAAGACAGCAAUAAACAUAUGGAAGACUUUUUCCGAACGCCAGACAGUGAUCUACAGGAGACAAGCUCUCUGUCAUCAUGGGGAGCUGGUGCCAGUGGUCUGUGCAGAGACUCUGUGGCUAGUGGGCCGCAGUCCCCCAUAUCAGGACACAACAGCCACAGUAGUGACACCAGUGUUGGGGAUGAGUACAACGACCUCCUUAAGAGGGUGGCGGCCCUACAGCAAGAGAAAUGGGCUCUAGAGGAGAAGGUGAACCACCUAGAGACCAGUAACUCUUGUAUGGCUGAAGAUAUCUUAAAGAAGACAUCAAUCAUAGAGCAUUAUGUGAUGGAGAGCCGCACAGGACCAAAACCCAGCCACCCACAUGAGGAGAAGCUGACCUUGAAGAAAGUGAUGGACCUGGUCAAUAAAAACAGUGACCACGCCCAGCACGCUCAGGACAUGAACAAGAAGCUGCAGAGUAUGUUGGAGGAGACGCUCACCAAGAACAUGCAUCUACAGCAGGAUCUAGAAGUAAUGUCCCAAGAGGUGGUGCGACUCAGCAAAUUGACCGCACCAGCAGUUCCGGAUAAUUCCAAACAGUCCAAGCCCAAAGAGGUAGCAGCACCCCCGACAACUUUAUCCCUGGCCUCAACUACCGCCGUCCCUGCACCCCCCACAGAACACAUUCCCCAGACGAGCAGCGUCACGUCUGAAGACAACUUUGAAAUGGUCUCCAGCACAGUCGGCAGUGACGCUGAGUAUGACGUCAAAGUCUCAGAGAAUCCAGAGUCCAGUUGAUGGUUUGUGAGCUAGUGUCUUUAUAGUGGCUGGGGUUGAGGCUGAUACAGCAGCAUUAGACCAGGGUCCAGUUUUAGAUAAAUAUGGCCGCUUGCUAUUAAGGCUUGUUGUAAAAUGAUGACAUUGAGAAUCAGAAGAAAGAAAUUUUAUGAAAAAUGAAAAAAGUAUUAAAUAAAAUGCAUCUAAAUAAUGAUGGUUAGAAAAGUUGACAUAAUGGAGUUUUUUUAUACUUUGAUUUCAGAGUUGUACAAAAUUUUGUGAACCUUUUUUUUUAGUUAUUUGAAAUAUUACUUGUCACUUUUUUAACUUGAGGUUUUUGGUACUUUUUUUGUUUUUCAUACAUUUUCUGUCACAGCCGUGUGUCAGUCUUCUGUCACAACCGUGUGUCACAGUUUUCUGUCACAGCCGUGUGUCACAGUUUUCUGUCACAGCCGUGUGUCACAGUUUUCUGUCACAGCCGCGUGUCACAGUUUUCUGUCACAGCCGUGUGUCACAGUUUUCUGUCACAGCCGUGUGUCACAGUUUUCUGUCACAGCCGUGUGUCACAGUUUUCUGUCACAGCCGCGUGUCACAUUUUUCUGUCACAGCCGUGUGUCACAGUUUUCUGUCACAGCCGUGUCACAGUUUUCUGUCACUGCUGUGUGUCACAGGGUGUUGUAUGGCCACAUAAUACAAACACCUUCAUGUUGAAAACUGUUGUGUGAUGGGGGAAGGAACACUAAACAAUGGCAGCACACCACACUUUUUCUUACUCUGUAGCUCUCGCAGACCUGGUAUUGUAACAUGUUGAAUG